UCUUCAUUCAAACAGCAACAAGCGGCGGCGAAGAAGAAGCAGCAGCAGCAGCAGAAGGCGGUGACGGCGAGCAGGUAACAUUCAGCGGCCAGACCGAAAUUAUUCAUAAUGGAGGAAUCAGAAACUGUAUUGAAACUUCGCCGUCAGCUAAAGGAGGCAGAAGAGGAAAGAGUAAAAGCCGCACAUUAUGGACUGGAACUGCUGGAGAGCCAAAGUGAUCUCCAGAAUCAGCUUGAGGAGCAGCGAAAUGAAAUGACUGGCACUAUUGAAAACUUAGAACAAGAGAAGUACUCCCUUCAAAGAGAAGUUGAACUUAAAAAUCGCAUGCUAGAGAGUCUGACUUCAGAAUGUGAAAACAUAAGACAGCAACAGAAACUUAGUCUUGAACAACUUGAGGAACAACUUGAGAGGAACCAUCAUCGUGAACUCAGUGAGAUUAAAGAUAAGCUAGAGAAACUGAAAGCCGAACUGGAUGAAGCAAGACUAAGUGAGAAACAACUGAAACACAAAUUAGACUAUCAAACUGAGGUACUGGCCAAUAAGUCGGAAGAACUGCGCAUGAUGUCGGAACGUGUUCAUGAAACCAUGUCCUCUGAAAUGCUGACCCUUCAGUUGGAAAAGACUGAACUUGAAACUGCAAAGGACAAUUUAGAACAAGAGCUGAAUGAAUUACAGUAUCGAGAGCAGCAGCUUUUACUGACAAAUGGUAACCAGAGCAGACAGCUGGAGCGCCUUCAGACUGAAAAAGAAGAGCGAGAAAAGGAAGCAGUCGGCUAUUUUUCAGCUUUAGAGAAAGCCCGAGAGGCAAAUCAAGACCUGCAAGCUCAGCUUGACAUUGCUUUGCAACAAGCACAAGACCCCAACAGUAAAGGAAACUCCUUAUUUGCAGAGGUUGAAGAUCGCAGGUCUGAAAUGGAGCGGCAGCUCAUUAGUAUGAAAGUCCAGUUCCAAUCUCUCCAGAAACAACAUGCCUUCUCUAGACAGCAGAUGCACAGAAUGAAGAUUCAAAUAGCAACAUUGCUGCAACUGAAAGGUUCUCAUAGUGACCCUGAACAGCUGGAACGCUUACAGGCUAUGGUAGCGCAAAAGAACAGUGAAAUUGAAACACUUGUUAUGAAAGUGCGACAGCUAGAAAAAUCUCAGCAAAUCUGUGAAAAUGGACCAGUAGCCAGUAGCUGUGAUGGCUUGGGACAGGGGGAUGAAACAUACUACGUUGAUUUACUUAAAAUGAAGCUUGUCAAUUCAAGUAAGGAGAUUGAUAAGGUAAAAGACGAACUCUCUUUGCAACGGAUGAAAGCUCUAGCGGAGAGCCAGCGUGUCUUGGAACUGGAACGGAAGCUUUUCACAAAUGAUAGGCAUCUUAAACUCUCACAAGGCGAAAAUAUGAAACUUCGUGUCAAUUUGGAUGAGAUGAAAAUGAAAUAUGAACCAGAUGAAAUGGGUAAAAUACGCACUCAGAAGCGAAGGAAAGAGCAGCUCCCGCUUGAUUGUCUGAUAGAUAAUACCAGUGUUGCUGUGACUUCAGGCACUGAAGCUCAUGGUCUCUCUGAUGCAACUCCAGGAGAAACAUGCACAGCAGAAUCAUCAGAUGACAAAAAACUUCCUAAAGAAGAUUUAUCUUUAUCUACUAAAGAUCAAGACCCAUCUUCCGUUUUACUAAAACCGAAAGAGCAGCCCAAUGGUCAACCUCCGAAAGAACGCAAACGAGUGAGGAUAAUGGAAGAUGAAAAGGAUACUCCAGAUUUAAACAAAAGAAACGCAAAUAACUGCACCAUUACUUCUACCCACCCCAGGUCCACUUAUGAGGAGUCCACGUCUGAGUUAAAGAAAGUCGAUGAAGAGCAGGAAAAGCGAAAGCAAGAGAGGAAAUCUCGACUCCGAGCUCCUCCUGUUCUCCACGUGCCGUCCAAGCCUGCCACAGCCCAGUGCCCCCAGCAAUAAACCUUUGAAGUAGAAUGCUUUAUUUUCAACAACAAACUAUGCCUACAAUGUCCUCGAUGUUUUAAAAGCUCUGUAGAUCUAUUUAUGCCUUCUUAUGUAAUGUCAGGGAUUGGAGUCCAACAUAAAGGAGGAGGAGCACCGAAAUGAUCAACAGAGAGUAUCGGUAUGAUUGUUACAUGUUCAUGUAAAUAUCUGUUUUAUGUAAAAUAUUUUUGUGUUGGUUUUGUUCAUUUUUUUUUCUGAUGUUGAAAUAAUGUAUGCGUGCAACUUUGCAAAAGCAACACUGCCGGCAACAACUGUCAUCUAUUAAGUGCCCUACACUUCAAAGGAUUGUUUUAUACAUUGUUCAGUAACUUUUCCUACAUAAUGGGGAGGGGGUCUAAUAGUAUUUUUACAAUGAUUCCGUUAUCUAAAUUUGCAGUUCUGUACUGUUUAAUGAGUGCAUUAUUUUUAUAGCCUAAGCGUUGGGCAUCUAGUACAACACAUUAACAAUUUCUUACACCUGUUUUCUGUGUACCUGAUAAUAAAGGUGUGUUUAAUGGCAAAA